UUGCAUUUCCACAGGUCUCUCUCUGGCCGUAUCGUGGGUGGUGUGUGGUGGUUCUUCACUCUGAUCAUCAUCUCCUCAUACACAGCCAACCUAGCUGCUUUUCUCACAGUAGAGAGGAUGGUGUCACCCAUCGAGAGUGCAGAGGAUCUGGCCAAACAGACUGAGAUUGCUUAUGGGACUCUAGAUGCCGGCUCCACCAAAGAGUUCUUCAGGAGAUCAAAGAUCGCAGUCUUUGAGAAGAUGUGGUCUUAUAUGAAAUCUGCAGACCCCUCAGUGUUUGUGAAAACCACAGAUGAAGGAGUUAUACGGGUGAGGAAAUCCAAAGGGAAGUAUGCCUACCUGCUGGAGUCCACCAUGAACGAGUACAUCGAGCAGCGCAAACCCUGUGACACUAUGAAGGUCGGAGGAAACCUGGACUCUAAAGGCUAUGGCAUCGCCACCCCCAAAGGAUCCCCUCUCAGAAUCCCAGUUAACCUAGCGGUGUUGAAACUCAGUGAGCAAGCCGUCUUAGACAAACUGAAAAACAAAUGGUGGUACGAUAAGGGGGAGUGUGGAAGCAAGGACUCCGGAAGAAAGGACAAGACCAGUGCUCUUAGCCUCAGCAAUGUGGCUGGGGUUUUCUACAUUCUGAUCGGCGGUCUGGGCCUGGCCAUGCUGGUGGCCCUGGUGGAGUUCUGCUACAAGUCCAGAACAGAGUCCCACAGAAUGAAGGUGUCUGAGCGGGCCGCCCAGGCCUUUCACUGCACCGCCUUAGACAGCAGCUACACUGAGCUGCAGAGUUACGGCCUGUACGGUGCCGACACUGUUAAGAUAUAAAGCACUCUGGGGUAGGAACCUCGAGUACUGCAGAGAACUAGGCCACAUCCUGCCCACGUAGCAGCCUAACCUGCCCCCCAUCUAACCGUUUCCAGAUUCAAAGCUUCUGCUGCCCACUUUCAGUAUCAUCCGUUUCUCCUCA